AUGACCAGCAAGCGACUCCGCACCGACGACUUGGAAACGAUAAAGAAGCUUACAGAAGCCCUGGGGAAGAAACUUUGGGAACAUGCUCUUGUGGUUUUAACCUCUGCCAACGAAGUCGCGAAGAAGAAGAGGAAGACGGAUGACGUACCUGAAGCAACCGCCUUCAAUGACCGCGUUUUAGCUUUCAAGAAAGCGAUAAACAAACAUUUGGUUGCUAUCGGAGUACCUGAGAUAACAGCGGCUAACGUGCCAUUUACGCCAGCCGGAGAGUUGGAUGAUCCAAGACUUCCAGAUAGAGAAGACUGGUUGACAGCAUUUUGGAUCGCGGCUUUCAAACGUAUCAAUAGGAACGCAAAAGCUGCUUUCUUAAUGGCAAGUAUCGAUCGUAUUUCAUUUUCCUCCAGUGAGGGGAAAGAAGAAAGCAAAAUAAGGAAAGAUGGCAAAGUUGGCAAUCUUGGCCAGCUCAGAAAGUUAUCCAUUGAAGAAAAUAAUGCAAUUACAGAAUUCAGAGCAAAAUUGAAAGAGAGCGACUUUUACAAAGAAUUAAACCGCUGUGUGGAGAAAACUAAGAUGUCUGAUGAACCUGAAGAGGAGUGCCCCACAUCACCUGGCCAAGAUGUAAAGGUGUCAGGCCCCUCCAUCAAGGUGGGCGAAACGUACUCUGAAGACCUCAUUGAGGAUAUGUUUGGCGAUGUGACAGAGCUACUCCUCGGUGAGCUGACAGGUGCUAAGUUUGGUAGAAAGUACCAAACAUUCUUCGGCUGGGUUAUGAAAUAUUUUAAGAAGUCUUACCCAACUUCUCGACCCACUUUCGCUUAAAGGCUUGACCAGAAGGUAUGAAGAAAUGAUCACAUGGAAACCAAAAGAAUGAAAAAGAGAGAAACUCUGUGCCAUUAUAAAUAACUACCACUUAGACUAUGAACAUAUGAUCUAUUAACAAAAAUGAACUUUGUAUACUUAAAAGGUUUAUGUCACGUUUCUGAAAUUAAAUGUGCUGUAGAAGAAAUGGGUCAGAUAGAUUGCAUGUUAUAUGUCGGCUCGUUAGAGGUCCAAGCGUUCUUUUGUUGCAAGAUAGGACGAGUUUCAACCAUAUACAGAUUAAGUUGCUGAGUACAAUGAAGCUAUUUGAUACAGAGGACCGAUUCAUUAAUUAUAAACUUUGAAAAAUGUCUUUUGUGAUUUGUCUUUAAUUUGUGCUAUUAGUAACACCAUCAAAAGAAAAGGAUUAUAGAGCGUUUUCUUUCUGAGCCUGAAAUUGACGGGAAAAAGAUGGACAAAAGUUUCUACUAGGCGUUCGUUAACUUAAACAGAAGAAAGCAUUCCUUGAGUCCUUCGUUGUUUAAUUUCCUCAUUAUACAGUAGUGAAGAGCAAACAAGGCCCGCUUGAAUCUUUAUAUCCUCUGUGUCUACUUGUGCCUGUUUCCUAUCAAACUUCAAGCUUCUAUAAGACCGGCCAUUAUUUUUCGCCUGGGGGACUGGGGGGACGAGAGGAUUUUGGUUGUGUCAUAAUAAAAUUUACUUGAUUUCCCACCCGUAAGGCCCCUGUGAGGUUCUAAUAAAUCCCUCGCAUCGACAGGAAAUUGUCUAUAGUCCCCUUCUAUAGUUUUCAAUCAAAGACUGAUACCCCCAAAAAAGUUGUGUUCCCCUAAAAUUUUCCCAUCCCCCCCCUUUUAUUCCAAAUCGAGUUAAAGUGCACCUUUCAUGGUCUUUACAAUUACUAAAAACAAGCAAAUCAGCAAACAAACAAACAACAAAUACAGCAUUAGAUAACAGAGACAAGUAUUAAAUUUCCUUGUACUCGGGCUGCCCUAACAGUUCUUAGCAUAAUUUUUGACCACAAGAAUUUUCAUACCUUUGGGUUGAGAUGACCUCAAACUAGAACUCGGCGUAUGAAUUUGUCAGGUCUCUCGGCUGAUUUUUUGUUUUCAUUGAUUUACACUCAUGACACACGUGAGAAACUGAAUGCGUACAACGUGAUAUAAUCAAGACAUAAGAACAAGAGCGUGACUGCAAGUAGCGCUCAUAACUGAGGAGCGUUUGGAUUUCUUUAGUGUUCAUUUUUUCUCUCAGCCUUUUUCCGGAACGUUUGCUGUUAUCCUUUGCACUUCGACAACUCAUAUAACAACUGCGGCCGAUACGAAAAAACAAAAAAUAUUAACUGUUCCAAUGUAUUAAAAUUGUUGAGGCAAGAUGGAAUGGAAAAUUACUUUUCCUUACAGACUUUGAUGAUAAAAUCGUCUUUUAGUAUCCAUCCCCACAAUGACCAUGGUACUCUUAGCUGUCUCCAAAACUUGUUAGAAAACUGUUUAUUGAGUCACAAAAUACCAUAGGAAAAAAAAUAGAAGAUUACAGUGUAAUGAUUGUGUAAGCGUCAAAUAAAAAAAGUACUUAGAAAGCGAAGUAAGAUUCCAAGAACCUCGCGUCCUUUUCUCCAUAACCGCGUUGAUAACGACUGACAAAAAAUAAGGUUAAUGACAAAAGCCGGCGGAUUACCAAAAUAUUGAACAGUACUUGGCUGAUAGGGUCACAAAAACUCAAGCUUGUUUUUUAUAAUUUGAUAGAAAAUCUAAGAGCACUCUCAAAGCGAGCUGAUGUUCCAAGAAUCCUCGCGUCCCGGCUUUUCAGAAGAUUCCAACGACAGAUAAAAAGUUACCACGCCAACGGAUUACCAAAAUAUUGACAUUGAACAUCUUAGGGUCACAAAAAUAACCUGCUUGAAUAAUUUGAAAGUAAAACUAAGCGCACCUUUAAAGUCAACUAUAUAAAGAACAAAACACAGAGUACUCUGAGUUUUGACGACCGAACUGAUUAAAAUCAAAUACGAGAUUUUAAGGCAAGUUUGCGCGACUUUUUCGAUAGAGACAUUUCUAGAAGAACAACAGAAAGCUAUAGGUGUGUUUUUCGAAGGUUACGACGUCUCCUUUUCGUUACCAACUGGCUAUGGCAAUAUAUUAAGCCGCGCCAGGGAUCGAUCGCCUCUCUUUUCUAGAAGAAACUGCUCACUAUAUUUAUUGUGCCACCUGUUAAAACUCUCAUGGAAGAUCAGAUGCAUCAUCGGAAUGGUCUUGGGCCAAGAGGAUCGUCCGCCUUCAACUUUCGGUCUCUUUAAGAACGGUGCUGCGAAGCUAAUGAAUUAAAGCUAGUCAUGUUUCCUGCAGCGAUCCUUUCGACUAAGAAAUAUGUUUGCGCGUUUGAGAAAUAUAGGCUCGUUAUAGCUUAAAGCAUCUGCAGAAAAAGAUGCUGAGUACAAUGAAGCUAUUUGAUACAGAGGACUGAUUCAUUAAACUUUGUUAUGAGACGGACCAUUGUUUAUCGCCAGGGGGGAUGGCGGGACGGGAGGAUUUUGAUUGUGUCAUAAUAAAGUUUACCCCUCCCGAAAGGCUCUGUACGGUUUUAAUGAACCCCCCUCAUUGACAGGCAAUUAUCAAUAGUCCCCUCUUAAUAGUUUCCAAGGAAAGACUGAUACCCCUUCGUUCCGUCUGAAAACUUUGUGUUUCCCAUAAAAUCCUCUCACUCCCCCCUCCCCUUUUAUUCAAACUAGAGUCAAACUGCACCUUUAAUGGUCUUAUACCACCUGACCUUUAAAAGCGAUCGACACAAACCCUCUAUAUAUCCACAAUCUUGAAGGAUGUCUCGUCUUUAAUAUCGGUGUAUAUCUACAGUCGUGUAGGACUUCUUGUCUUUCAUAUCGGUGUAUAAUCACAAUCGUGUAGGAUUUCUUGUCUUUCAUAUCGCUGUAUGUCCACAAUCGUGGAAGAUUUCUUUUAUUUUAUAUCGUUUCCUUCAUGUAUGGUUUUCGCUGCCUAUUAACCUGAAGGCGGGGUAAUACAAUGAAGGGCGGGAGUCGGGGGGCAGAGGAACACAAAAGAAUGGAAGGCGGGAGAACGCGGUACAAGAAGUGGGAGGCUGUGACCAACUCCCGGUCUCUUCCUCCCCUUCUCCCCGGUCUCUUCCCCCCCCUUCCCCCUCCCCCCCCUCCCCCGCUAGACACUAAUUCUAAGCUGCAUCGAAUUCAACCAUGCAUGCAAUCAAGGCGUUAACGCAUUUGUUGAACUGAAAGCUUCAAUCACUUCGUGUUGGACACAGCAUUUUCAAAACGGUAAGUGAUCGAAUAACGUGAUCAUAUUCGUCCGAUCAGCGUUAAAUAAGCGUAGAAUCAGUAGUCUUUCCGUAUAUCAUUUGAAAAUCAGAUAACAAAGCCCGAACUCCUACUGGCAUGACAAAACUUUCCGAGUAUCACCCACUUUAACGGCAACCAGCCAACAACGUAUUUCCUUUUUAAAAGAAAGAGCUGAAGACUAGUUUUGUAAUACUGAAAGUACUACACACUGCAACUAGCUGGAUGUUUACCUUUACUCUUUUAUAUUCCGCGAUUACGGACGACGCUGAAGACUUAUAUUCGAAUAAGAGUGGUUGAAAACACGGUAUAAAUGAAAUAUUAGCCAAAUUACGUGCGAAAAGCGAAUACAAUCGGCGGAGGCUCCCAGUACGAUUGGCAAGAUAAAACAGCCUAUGGAAGAUUUAGUAGCAGACAACUGAGCAACUGUGUAAUUUACCCUCCAGGGUAAACCACAUCGUUGAUCCCUAGCCGACGCACAUAAUAUACACAAAGUAUGCCUACUAAGGUGCAAACCACAUACAAUUCGAGUAUUUGAUUGCAUUCUUCUCUUAAAUGUAGUAAACACGCUCGACGGAAAUGUUUAAUAGAAUAUAUAUGACUCUCCUUUGAAGUGCCAUGCUUGGUACGAUUUCCGAGAAUAAGUGAUGCAUGUUGAUCUUUUGUUGAAUAAUUCUUUCGUUUCCACUGGUUUUGAUUCUGCAAUGGUCUUGGAAUAAAGUUACGUCGUAAAGCUACGGAAAACUCUCUUUGACAAAAGGGGGCCUUUUUAUCAAAGUGGGUUAAGUGAACGAAAAUGUUUCAGCGCUUGCUCAAAGUUAUGAACUGUUACUAUGAUAUUCGAAGCAGAAAGUACAUGAAUAUUUGAUCAGUACUCACGCAUCGUAAAAUAUAUUCAAUUUGCUCUAGAUCCUUGAUAAUAUUCAUAGUAGAACUGAAGGGUAGAAGCUUUAAGUGAAGUGAAUUGCUCAAUCUUUUUAUACGACGAAUUAUAUGGAUCGGGUCUCAUGUUGUCACUUUUCGAAUUUAAGAUUUUGUAGACAACCAUAUGAUUCAAUAUGGCGAAACUAUUCCCUUUCAAACACAAGGUCAAGCUAGCUUGAAGCCAUGAAUAUAUCACAUAAACAAAUCGCAAAGCGAAAAAAAUAUUUACAGGUGUCCUCUGGUAACUGAUGUAUACACUUUUGCCGAGGAAACUGAAACAGCGUAUUAUUAUUUUGACAAUGCUUACUAAAUUAUUUUAACUACUCUUCUAUCUAUCAUGGUUUGUUCAAUUUACACUUGCUUUGUUUUCUUCCUCUUUUUACUAAUAAAUAUUAUCUUAUUUCAGACUUUGUUAUCAAGAAUGGCACAGGAAGGGACCCCAGAGAAAAGGUCCGGUUCCUCGGCAAGUGAAGUUAGUCAGAUUAUAUUUGGUGAAAAACACUUGGAGUAUCAGUUGAACCAGUUUGUCAGUUCCGGUGGCCAGACAGUUAAUAUCCUCCUGAGUGGAAAGACAGGAGUUGGCAAGUCUUAUUUGACAAAUGCGCUCCUUGGAGAAAGCCUUGCAGUAGAAGGAUAUGACAUCGACCCACAAACUGAUAACGUAAGCUCCUUUGAUAUUGACAGUUACUCAACCUUUUAAACUAUUAUGAGGUGAUUUCAUUAACGGGUUACUGUGGAUUACUUGAAGAUAGCAAAAGCAAUAAUGUGUCGCGUCCUUCUCAGCAGCAGCAUGUCUAAACUCCCGCUUUUUUUAUUUUCUUCCGAAGAGUCCCAUCUUUGAUACUCGAAAUCAAGAGCAAAUUAUUGAAUGCAUUUAUGGGUAUGAGGUAGAAAGUCAUCCGAAGAAUACGAAAAAACCAGUUUCCAGUCUCUUUAGUACAGAUGGGGCUUUCCUUUGAAUAAAACUUUUUCAUGCAUUUUCUCCCGCAACUGAGGUAACAUACCAAGACAUAUCAUAAUGAAAUCAUUGUUAGAAUUGAGUGUUGUAUUAAUCAUCUGUUUCAUGUCCCUCAGGUAACUGCUUUCGAGGUUGUCAAAAACGGUGUAAGCAUCACAGUUUUCGACACUCCAGGACUUGCAGACGCAACCGGCAAUGAUGAAGAAUACUUGCGGAAAAUCAAUGAGAAAGUAAACCACUUCGACCUGUUUCUGUUUUGCACUGAGAUGACCAGUCGGAGAUUCCGCACCGACGACUUGGAAACAAUAAAGAAGCUUACAGAAGCCUUGGGGGAGAAACUUUGGCAACAUGCUCUGGUGGUUUUAACCUUUGCCAACGAAGUCUCACUAUUGCCAGCCAAAAAGAAAGAUAACGUACCUGAAGUAACCUUUUUCAAUAACCGCUUUUUAGCUUUCAAGAAAGCGAUAAAGAAACAUUUGGUUGCUAUCGGAGUACCUGAGAUAACAGUGACUAAUCUGCCAUUUACGCCAGCCGGGGAGUUGGAUGAUCCAAGACUUCCAGAUAGAGAAGACUGGUUAACAGCAUUUUGGAUCGCAGCUUUCAAACGUAUCAACAGGAACGCAAAGGCUGCUUUCCUAAUGGCAAAUGUCGACCGUAUUUCACUUUCUUCCACCUUUGGUGAGGGAAACGAAGAAAGCAGAGUAAGGAAAGAUGGCAACGUUGUCAAUCUUGGCCAGUCCAGUAACGUAUCCAUGGAAGAAAGUAAUGCAAUGAAAGAAUUCAGAGCAAAAUUGAAAAAGAGCGACUUUGACAAAAGAUUGAGCGGCUGUUUGGAGAAAACUGAGUUUGAUGAACCUGAAGAGGAGUGCCUUACAUCACCUGGCCAAGAUGCAAAGGUGUCAGGUCCCUCCAUCAAUGUGGAUGAAACGCACUCUGAAGAACUCAUUAAGGAGAUGUUGGGCGAUGUACCAGGGCAAUUCGUCGAUGAGCUGGCCGGUGAUAAGUUUGAUAGAAAGUACCAAACAUUCUUCGGCCGACUAACAAAGUACCUGAAGAAGUCUUACCCAACUUCCUGAUCCAUUUUAGCUUCAAAGGUGUGACCAGAAGGCGUGUAGAAAUGAUUAGAUGGUGACCUAAAGGGUGAAAAAGAAAAACUGUGUGCCAUUAAAAAUAUCAGCCAGUUAGACUUUGAACGUAUAAUCUAUUAACAAGAAUGAACUCUGUAUCCUUAAAAGGUUCAUGCUACGAUUCGGAAAUCAAACGUGCUGUAGAAUAAAGGUUCAGAUAGAUUGCAUGUUAUAUGUAGGCUCGGCAGAGGUCCAAGCGAUUUUUUGUUACAAGAUAAGACGAGUUUCAAGCAUCUGCAUAUAAAGUUGUUGAGUACAAUGAAGCGAUUUGAUUCAGAGGACCGAUGAAUUAAACUUUGAAAAAUGUCA